AUGGUAGAUACAAAUAUUACUAUUAUGGAAGAAUUUAUUCUCCUGGGAUUUUCUGAAUUUCCUAACUUCCAAGGAUUUCUUUUUGUUAUUUUUUUAAUCAUCUACCUAAGUAUCCUAUUAGGGAAUGGUCUCAUCAUCAUAAUCACCAAUGUAGAACUAGCUCUUCAAACACCUAUGUAUUACUUUCUUGGAAACUUCUCCUUUGUGGAAAUUUGUUACACAUCAGUCAUUCUCCCUAGAAUGCUUUUGAGUCUUUGGAGUCAGAAGGGAAACAUUUCUCUACUGUCGUGUGCUGUACAACUCUGUUUCUUUCUCAUUUUGGCAUCUGCAGAGAGCUUCCUCUUGGCUGUGAUGGCUUAUGACCGCUAUGUGGCCAUCUGUAAGCCACUCUACUAUCCGCUAAUCAUGAACAAUAAGAUGUGUAUAAAAAUGGUGGUUGGUUCUUGGGUCAGUGGGAUUCCAGUACUUGUAGGACAGACAUACCAGGUUUUCUCUGUGCCUUUCUGUGGUUCUAACAAACUCAAUCACAUUUUCUGUGACAUGCCCCCAUUAUUGAAGUUGGCAUGUGGAGAUAUCUCUGGGGAUGAAGUCUUUCUUUAUAUUGAUUGUUUCCUGUUUGGUUUGACUCCUUUUCUGAUGAUACUCAUGUCUUACAUCAGAAUUCUUAAUAGUAUUCUGAAGCUCUCAUCAAAGACUGGCAUAUCCAAAGCCUUCUCUACUUGUUCUUCUCAUCUUAUGGUUGUAUGUUUAUUCUAUGGUUCAGGUCUAAUUGCGUAUCUUCAAUCCAUUUUCAGUUAUUCAGGCAAAACAGAAAAGAUCUUCUCUGUAUUUUACACUAUUGUGACACCAAUGAUUAAUCCCAUGAUAUAUAGUCUGAGGAAUAAGGAUUUCAUUGAGGCAAUGAAAAGACUAUUUUCUAAAUGUGUAAAGAAUUAA